CUUUUUCCUACUAGUGCUUGAUCGAGGUCACGUGAUUUGCACUUCAUCCUCGAAAUAUUCCUGGGCCUGAAUCCUCGAGACCUCAUACUGGCCUAAUUCAUUUCCCCAUCCAUCAUUAGCAGACAUGGUAGUCGCACACGUAGAGCAGAACACAUCUGCCACCAAAAACCGCCGAAGCAUGACUCGUAAGAAGAAAGCACGCACGGCUGCCAAUACCACACAAGUUGACGGUGACGAAGAGAUGUCUCCAGAGGUUAUUCCCCCUUUGAAGUCGAAUCACACUGCCGAAGAUGAUGAUUUGAUGAUCGAAAUAAACCCUACCCCCGCCCUAGAGGCAAGCUCAGCGCCCUCUUUUCCGGCUUUGCCUGCAUCUGCGACACAAUCUACUCUAAAAUCAGAGACAAGGAGAAUUCCAAUACCCCCGCAUCGCAUGACGCCUAUAAAAAAGGACUGGAUAAAUAUUUUCAGUCCUCUCACCGAGAUCCUUGGGCUACAAGUGCGAAUGAAUGUUCAGAGGCGGUGUUUAGAAAUUAGAACAUCAAAAGCUACCACCGAAAUCGGUGCUCUGCAGAAAGGAGCUGAUUUUGUGAAGGCGUAUGCUCUUGGAUUUGACGUUAACGACGCGAUAGCACUUCUACGAAUGGACGAUCUUUACCUCGACUCGUUUGAGAUCAAAGACGUAAAAACACUCCAUGGCGAUCAUCUAAGCAGAGCAAUCGGACGGAUAGCGGGACAGGAUGGCAAGACCAAGUUUACGAUCGAGAACACUAGCCGGACUCGUAUCGUGCUCGCCGACACGAAAAUUCACAUUAUGGGCUCCUUCCAAAACAUCAAAAUUGCACGUGAUGCAAUCGUCUCUUUAAUCCUGGGCUCACCACCCGGAAAAGUUUAUGCCGGACUUAGGACCGUCAGCAGUCGUAUGAAGCAGCGGGCCCUGUAACUUUGUGUUUAGACAAAUUUAUUAUCUUUGUUUUCCAUAUUUCUCCAAUAUCAUCAUAGGAAGUGCGAUACAAAAACGUUGUGUACAAAUCUAUUGCUGGCAAUACAUACUAAGCUCA